AUGGCAAGAACAAAGAAUUUGAGUGUGCCACCGGCCAACGAAGGGAGAAUUCCCCCCACGGCAUCGGUACGUAAGCCUCGUGAAGCCGCUGCCCUACGAAAGAAAGAAGAAGCACGUAAAAGGCGUGACGAGGCAACCCGUAAAAGGCGUGAAAGUAGUGCAACGACUGCUGCCAGUGCAGUACAGGAGCCUGAACUUGAAGAUGAUGAUAUGGUUGAUGCAGAACAGGGUUCUGGUCAAGGAGAGGAGGAGAGUUCUGAUCAAGGUGAGGAAGAUAAUGAUGAUGAUAUAUUCUUUCCUGGGGGGCCUUAUGACAAUACCUUGCUGAAGAGCUUCAAGCAACAUAUAUCACUGGAGGUGUGGAAGCAUUACAAGAAACCUGCUGAAGGAAUGGUUGAGGCUGCUGGUCUAUUGCUUUUGUUGACAUGCAACUUUCCCUCUAUUGACAAGACCAUGCUAACAACGUUUGUGGAGAGAUGGCAACCGGAGACAUCCUCUUUCCAUAUGCCAUUUGGGGAGAUGACCAUCACACUGGAUGAUGUUAGUUCUUUGCUACACAUUCCUGUGAAGGGAAAAUUCUUCACUCUCCCAGUCCUGACUCGUGAGGAUGCAGCCAGUGCAUUGCAUAAACAGCUUGGUGUUACACAAGCAGAUGCUGAAGAGGAGAUCCGGAAGUCCUUAGGACCUUAUGCUCGUUAUACAUGGUUGUUGAAGGUGGAUGAAGACAUGACUAAGGAAGGGAAGACCAAGAAAGCUGCUAGAGCCUUCUUGCUGCGUUUGGUGGGCAUGACGAUCUUCUGUGGGAAGACAAACAACAAGGUGGAUGUUGCAUAUUUGGGGAUGUUCAUGGAUUUGGAAAAGGUUAAGGAGUAUGCAUGGGGUGCCAUGACAUUGGCUUUCCUUUAUGACCAGCUGAAGGACGCCACCAAGGUCUGCACCAAUAGUCUUGGAGGAUACUUAAAUCUGUUUCAGACAUGGAUAUUUGAGCACUUCCUUGCUUCAUUGUUUGAUCGAAACCUGAACAGGAAAUACAGUGAGAAAGACUCGCGAGCUUGCAAAUGGGUCACCAAGAGGGGGACUGUAGACUUGCAUGCGAAGAGGCUAAUCCUAGAUGACCUUAGGGAUAACAAUGUUAUAUGGACUCCAUAUGACGAGCAUAGAGAUCAACCCAAUUUACCACCGCCAAACAUUCCCCUUAUUGAGGAUAUUGAUGAGAGGUUUGAGAACAUGUCUCAUUGCGUGGCUGCUCAACAUACUGACACUCCAACGACAACGCCUCGCUACUUUGAGUGGUACAAGACAAUCUCACACCGCUUUGUGGUCCCUCCUGAAACAAGAGGUCCUGUGGCAGUAACUCUUGUGGAUGUUCUCGAACAAUUACGGGAGUUGAGUGAUAUCACAGUUGACCCCAGUGAGACCCCUCAGCGGAUCCUCGAGGCAAACCAGCGUAUGCGGGAUAUCAUAAUGCAGCACUUGGAGUAUGGAGGUGAUGAUGAUGACAGUGGCAGUGGCAAUGAAGUUGCACCUCAUGGUGGUGGUGGCCCUGACAGAAAGAAGAAAGGAAAAGCAAAAGCAUCUACCUCGAAGACUAGUUAG